AUGGCUACCCCUAGUGUCCUCGCUUUUGACGCUGAGGGUCGAGCCAUUGACUUUGACGUCUGGGUAGAUGACCUGCAGCUGUUCUUACAGUGCGAUAGGGCAGACGGUCUCUCUCUCUUUGACCUCACCUCUUGCGCCUCUCCUGCCCCUGCUGCUGAUGCUGACGCCACUGUUUGCUCCCAGUGGGCCACGCGCGACGCUGCUGCACGUCUUGCUGUGCGUCGCCACCUCCCUACCUCCGAGCGUGCGCACUUUAGUCAGUACAAGAGUGCUCAGACCUUGUACGACGCUGUAGUUGCGCGCUACUCCUCCCCUGCCACUGCUGCACUGAGCCGUCUCAUGCUACCGUACCUCUUCCCUGACCUUGCUGCCUUUCCCACAGUCGCUGACCUCAUUACCCACCUCCGCACUAGUGACACUCGCUGCCAUGCUGCGCUUCCUGCUGACUUCUGCGCCAAGAACCCCCCCCCCAUGUACAUCACUCUCUACUACAUAGUCACUCGCCUCCCUGACUCCCUUCGCGUAGUCAGGGACCACUUUCUCUCGGUCUGUCCCACCACACUCAGUGUUGACCUCCUCGAGAAGUCCCUCCUAGCGGCCGAGAAGAGCAUAGUCGCUGUAGGGGCCUCUCGUGGUGACCCGCGCACCCCCAUCUUUGAGGGGUUCUCCCCCUCCCCCCUUCUGCCCUCUGUUGCCUCUGCUGCUACGGCCGACCUCCUUGGUCUUGAGUCGGUCGGUGCGGCGUCCGCCCCUAGCGGGAGACGCCGCUCUGGCAAGGGCAAGGGGGGCAAAGGCCGGGGUGGGGGUUUUGGUCCGUGCACCUACGUCCUGCGCACCGGCGACCGUGCGGGUGAGCAGUGUGGGGGUGCGCACCCCACCCAGCGCUGCUUUGGCCGCCUGACGGACGCGUGGCGUCGCCAGUUCCCGGAGGCCACAGAGAUCCCUCGCUGGGGCGAGCUGUCUAGGGCGGGAGUUGCUAUUAAUGAUCUUGAUUUUGAUGCUAUUCUUUCUGCCAUGUAUGCUGUGUCUAUUAGUGAUGAGGGUGACUGUUACCGGUGUUUCCCGCCCGAUUCGGGCAUUGGGACUGCUGCUCUAGGUACUGGUGAGGCUGCUGCCCCAGGUGCUUGUGACGCUGCUGCUCUAGGUGCUAGUGCGUCUGCGUCCUCAGGUACUGGUGAGUCUGUUGAACAAGAAUGA